AUGGAGACAACCCGGCCCCUGAUAGUAGGUCCCGAAGCCGGGCCAGAGCCGCCGUACCCUCUUCAGAUGGAAGGCGACGUCAUAUCAGGAUUCGGCCGCGGGUCAAAAGAGCUCGGCAUCCCCACCGCAAACCUCCCCGUAGACUCGUCCGUCACGCCCUGGAUCUCGGACGCCGCCUCGGGCGUCUACUUCGGCUGGGCGAGCCUGCACCUGCCCACCACCACCACCACCACCACCUCCUCCUCCUCCUCCUCGUCAGAGGGCGACCGGCGCUUCUCCCUGUACCCGAUGGUCAUGUCCAUCGGCUACAACCCGUUCUACAAGAACACGGUGCGCUCAGCCGAGGUCCACGUCCUGCACAAGUUCGACGCCGACUUCUACGGCGCCCGCAUGCGCCUGCUGAUCCUCGGCUUCAUCCGCGAGGAGAAGGACUACGAGGGCCUCGACGCCCUCAUCAAGGACAUCAACGUCGACUGCGACGUGGCGCGCAAGAGCCUCGACAGGGACGCCUGGACGCCCAGGGAGCUCGGGGCCAAGAAGGGCACCCUGGACGGCUCCUGGCUCGUGCGGGAUCACCCCUGA